AUGGGCGUGAUCCUCGAAACCGGUCCCGACGAAUACAGACGCACCGGACUUUCAGAUUCAUUGUGCUCACAUCAGUACAUCGAAUUUUAUCGUUGUGUAUCCUCCCGUAUCACAGACGGAGUCCUUGCUCUUCCUGCCUAUCUCAAAGAUGCCGGAUAUCAAAAUCCCUCUAAUGGCAACGAUUGUGCUUUUCAGCUUAAAUAUAAUACAAAGUCUCAUUUCUUUGACUUCAUCAAAUCUAACCCAAAGGUCGCUGCUGAAUUUCAUAACAACUUGAGUACUUACAGCCAAGGAAGACUUAGCUGGACGGAUCCUAGCAUUUACGACGUGACCCAACUUAUUCAAGGCAUGAAGAUUGGAGAGGAUGAAGUGGUACUGGUGGAUGUGGGAGGUGGCCAGGGACACGAUAUCUCUGAGUUCCGUCGCCAGUUGCCUAAUAUAACAGGAGCCCGUGCCUACUUCAUGCAUCGUAUCUUUCACGAUUGGGCUGAUGAGGAGAGCCGCAAAAUUCUAAAGAACCUCACUCCUGCAAUGAAGCGUGGAUAUAGCAAGCUUUUGAUCCAUGAGCAGGUUAUCCCAGAAACCAGGGCCAACUGGGAGAGUACCAGCCUGGAUCUCAUGAUGAUGGCUCAACUAGGGGGUAUGGAACGAUUGGCUGCUGACUGGAAGAGUUUGUUGGAGUCCGUUGGGUUGAAGAUCACCAAGAUUUGGACUCCCCAGACAGGUGAUGAGAGUUUAGUUGAGUGUGAACUCGCCUAG